UCGACUCGGUUGUUCUGGAACAGAGUUGUCCAUAGACGACUGCUACAGCAUAACGGGUGAACAAUGUUUGCAUAACCAGGACGUAGCCAUUGUUUGUUCUGCCUGUCCAAGUAGUGAAGAUUUUUAUUUUGGGGAAUUCCAAAAUAUCUCGGUGGUCAACAACGUGCAAGUGUAUCACGGACUGUGUGGCAACGGAACGUCCGAGUACGAGUUUGCGUAUACAUGUGCUACAGACGGUGUCUGGUAUCCCCGCAACAAUUCGUGCCGACAUUUAGAUAUUACCGACAUUCGGUUUACGGAUGGAUUAGGUUUAUACGAUGGUAUUGUGGAAGUGCUCGUAGGAGAUACAUGGGGAUCCACAUGCGACAACGAAUACACUUUAGCUAGAGUGGUUUGCAAUGCAAUAGGGGCUACCGUUCGAAGCUACGGUCCGAAAUAUUCAACCACACCGCCAUUUCUCGAUGGAUUGAUUUGCGAGAGAUUUGACAGCGGAAUAAACAGCUGCAGUUACAAUACAUUUGCUUCAUGUACUUACAAGAACUACGUUGCUUGCGAAGUGCGCCCACUGAAUAUCACAAACAUACGCCUUGCUGACGGGCCUGGAGAAAACGCAGGCAAAGUUGAGCUCUUCGUAGAUGGGCACUGGGGCAAAGUGUGUGAGAAUUCAUUCGACAUCAACGAUGCAAAGGUUCUGUGCUCUAUGUUAGGAGCAAGAACAACCGCUUAUCUCCUUGGGAACUUUUAUGGAAACGGAUCAGGACCAGCUUUGCUUAAUUAUUUGGGUUGUCGGGGAACGGAGAAUACUACCAACGAAUGUAGUUACGGGGCACCGUAUUAUUAUCGUCGUUACUCUUGGUAUACACAUGACUGCUAUCAAAGCGAUUCCGUGUCACUCAUAUGUACAGAUUGUGGCUUGAUAAGUACAACAGAUGGGCAAAUCAAAAGCUUCGACAACACAGCUAUGGAAUUAACUGUGCUGUGCAAUCCCGGAUACACAGUCAGUUACACGUGCCUUUCAAACGGAUCAUGGGUACCAAAUACAGUGAUAUGCUGCAAGAGUCUGAUAUCAAGAGUUGGCAAUGGACACCAAAUUUCUUUCAACUCAACCACAUUCAGAUCAACAGUGCUUUGUGACCCAGGCUAUAAUAUAGAAUAUACAUGUCACCAAAAUGGAACCUGGACGUCAGAGAAAAUAUGCUGUAGCAGUUUGAACAACAGAGUCAGUAAUGGACGCCACAUUUCCUUUAACUCAACCACAUUCAGAUCAACAGUGCUUUGUGACCCAGGCUAUAAUAUAGAAUAUACAUGCCAUCAAAAUGGAACCUGGACGUCAGACGAAAUAUGUUGUCCUGACCUUAAGAGUCCAAACGGCAAUAUACAUUCGUUCAACACCACAACAAUGACUGCCACCCUUUGGUGUUAUGCAGGCAUUUACAUGGAAAACACGUGUCUUAGCAAUGGAUCUUGGACGUCUGAUGAAAACUGUCCUAAUGUACUACAAGACGUUCGCCUAGUUGACGGAGUAGGCCUCUACGACGGACGAAUCGAAGUAUUGUACAACGGUACUUGGGGGACUAUUUGUAGAAACAACUACCGAUAUCAGAAUUCUGUUGUGAUCUGCAGAAUGCUAGGUGCUAGUCGGCAAGAGGAAACGACCCGAUUUGGUGCUGGAUCAGGUCCAAUUCAUUUUGAAAAUCUCUACUGUCAGGGAAGUGAAACAGAUUUGUCCCAGUGCACUGUAGAUGUGGAGCACACAUGUUCACAUUCAUUGGACGCCGGUGUGAUUUGUUACAAAUAUAGACGCCCUCUGAAUAUAACGGGCGUGCGGCUCGCCGAUGGCACCAGCAAAUAUGAUGGUCGAGUAGAACUGGAGGAAAACGGUGUUUGGGGAUUGGUUUGUCCUCAAUAUUUUGACUUUAAUGACGGGAACACAUUAUGCCGUAUGAUGAACAUGUCACUGCUGAAAUAUUUUACGGGAUCGAAACAUGGUCCAGGCAAUGGUCCUGUGAUGUUUGAUCACAUCGGUUGCAGCUCUUAUCAUAAUCACAUCAAGGACUGCACUUAUUACACACCGCUUAAGUAUUGCUAUUCUACUGACACCGUUUCGUUGCUUUGUUCAGAAUGCGGACCAGUUAACGAAUAUGGAACCGCCUCUUAUUCUGAGAACGGCACGCUAGCAACGAUAACGUGCUCUUACGACCACUAUACGAAAGAUCCUAUUGUUGAAUGCAUAAAUGGAAGCUGGUCGAAAUUGGGCGUGUGUGACUUUCAUGGCCCCCCGCUUAACAUAACGUCUGUCCGUCUUGUUGAUGGGGUCAAUGAAUAUGAAGGUCGAGUUGAGAUUGAAGUUAACGGAACAUACGGUACUAUUUGUGACAGUUUGUUUGAUCUUAACGAUGCAGAAACUAUUUGCCGAACAAUAAAUUCCAGCUGGGGAUCUAUAUAUUUUUUUACUCGAUCGAAAUAUGGGGAAGGUGCUGGUCCAAUAUAUAUUCAAAGACUCUUUUGUGACUCCACUUCUAAUUUGCUUGAACAUUGUAUAUAUCAUUCGCUGGGAGUUUGUGACCAUUCAAGAGAUGUUGGAAUCGUGUGUAGUGAAUGCGCACAGCCAUCUGUUUCACGCUGGGGGAUCGGUUACUUUACUUACAAUGACUCGGCGUUGUAUGCUGACUGUUCGUAUUAUAAAACAUACUUAGGUACUUUAAAAAUGACCUGUGAUCAGAAAACAAAGAAGUGGAUUACAGAAGGAGAAUGUCAACAAUAUAGUUCGCCUCUUGAGAUACAAGAUAUGCGUUUGGCAAACGGGCAGUCAGAAAGAGAAGGCAGAGUGGAAAUUAAGGUCUUUGACACUUGGGGUACAAUUUGCGAGAACGGAUUUGGCUUGGCUGAAGCAAAUGUUAUAUGUCACAUGAUUGGCUUUCCUCCUGCCCAGGCGGCUUAUGGAGUUGAUGCUUAUGGACAGGGGACUGGACCUAUCUUUGUCGACGAUCUUUCAUGUGGCCAAUUUGACACUCAUAUUAACAACUGUACUUACGUGACCUAUGAUGAUUGUACUCACCUGCAGGAUGUGGCAGUGAAAUGUACAGAAUGUGAUGACCCAAGACCGAUGAAUGGGUCAAUAAAUGGAACAGUCUUCAAAUUCAAAUCGGUUGUAGAGGUCGUUUGCGAAUAUGGAUAUUUUCUUCAGGGAGAACGAUUAAUUACCUGCCAAAGUGAUGCAACUUGGAGCGCUAGACCGGAGUGUCGACUUAUUGAUUGUGGUGACCCAUUGCCGGCGGAUGGUUACAUCAACGGUACAGAUUUUACUCUGGGUACCAAUAUUGAAGUCAUAUGUGACGAAGGAUACAAUAUUUCUGGGGAUUCGAUAAUAUCGUGCCAAGAAAAUCGCAGUUGGUCUGACAAUACAACAUGCAGUAUUAUCGAUUGUGGUGAACUGUAUGUCGAAAAUGCAGAUCUAGAUAAUUCCAACAGCACAACAUUUGGGAAAAUAUCUCUCGUUAGUUGCUUUGACGGAUACUUGCCAUCUGGUGCAACGCCAGUCGAGUGCCUCGCAUCGGGCGCCUGGGGCGAAACACCAUUUUGUGACAGACGAAACUGUAGUGACCCUACACCUUACCGAGGGCAAAGAAACGACACUAAAACUUCCUAUGGUACUGUAGUGUUGAUAACCUGUGAUGACGGUCUGAAUGUUGCCGGGAAUGCAGUCAUUGUUUGCCAGGCGAAUGGAACUUGGAGUGACAGACCCCUCUGUGAUACUUCAGAUUGCGGUCCACCAGUUAAAGCAAAUGGUCAAUAUAUGGGGAACACAACUACUGGAAGUAGCGCUACAGUUAUGUGUGACGAAGGUCACGACCUACUAGGACCAAGUGUCGUUUUCUGCGAUGUCCAAGGUUGGAAUGAAUCAGUCAGAUGCAUAAGACAGGAUUGUGGAAUUCUUAGUGUUGAAGAUGGAAUUGUGGUUUUAAAUGAGGGUACGCUUUUUGGUGACAGCGCUGAGAUCAGUUGUAGCACGGGCUACGAACUUAACGGUGACGCGCGCGUAACAUGUUUGGAUGGUAGGGAUUGGAGCGAUUAUCCAAACUGCACGAUCAUAGAUUGUGGCGAGAUCGACCAUCCAACAAAUGGUGCUUUGAUUGUCCCAGUGGCAUUUACAUAUGGUGCAAAUGUGAGUUUCCAGUGCAACGAUGGAUUCAUUCUUUCCGGCGAAUCUUUCAUCGUUUGUGGAAUAAGCGGAAGUUGGAAUGCAGAUCCCCCUGAAUGUGUACCUAAAUCUCCAAUUCACGGCCCGUGUGAAAACGUCAACUAUUGCCUAACACCAAACGCAUAUUGUGUAAAUGGUGCAUGCUCAUGCCAAACAGGCAUCUAUGAUGAACGAACUGACUCCUGCGAUAGAAUGCCACUGUUCCCAUUUGAUUCUGAUGAACCGGAAAACGUUUUGGUUUCAACCACAUGCAGUUCUGCCAUUACAUUUACUCCAGGAAUUCCCGUCUUUAAAAGAAUGCGAUACAGCUUAUUCGUUUGUUCCAGUGGACUCAUUAGUUUUGAUAGAGCUUACAACAAUCCUGUUCCACCUAAGAAAAAGAAAACAGAUGAACUUGCUGAUUUUUCAGUUAUUGCCCCUUAUUUUGCUGAAAUAGAUUUAAGGAGAUCCGAGUCGGUAACCUUCAGAAAAACGGAUGUUCUCAACGAUUAUCCUUAUAGCGAACUUCAGUUAAGUGACAUUGAAAGGGCAAAAGACAUAAUAAGGAAAAUUGAGGGAAUUGCAACUUUUGAGCCAAAGUUUUUGCUUGUUACCCAUUGGAAACGAAUGAUUCCAAAGCAAAGAACAUUCAUUGAAACAUCGGUUUCAUCCUUUCAACUCGUGCUCGUUUCCGAUGGUUUAUCUACAUACUUCAUUAACAUCUACCCUAAAGAUCUUAUGCAAUGGCAAACUGUUCCCAUAAGUAGAUCGUAUGGCAAUUCCAACCAACCUGUCGCUGUUUGGAUAGGCUACUCGGAUGAUGGCCGUGUCAGUCCACAGUCAAAGUCAUUCAAGGAAGAUGCCCUUCGGAUGGAUAUAAAAUCAAAAUCAAUAAUAUCUACUCCAAACAAUAGAUAUUUGGCGGUAGACGGAAUGCUUAUGAAACCGCUAACUAUUCCUGGAGACUGGCAAACUCACGAUGCCCUCGACUGUAUUCAUUGGUACAAUCAACACGUAGAAAACAAAGACAACUAUCAUCAUAUAAUGGCAAGCGCUAUGCCGCCAUGUCCGUGUGAUUUGACUCUAGCCCGAUUUGACCCAUGGUUCUGGAGGAUACGACGAAGUCUUAGAUGGCCAUGGUGGCAGAGCAAUACCGACGUAGAUCAUAAUGACAUCAUUUGUGUGGAUAUGUGGCAUAGACCGUAUUUUGACCCUUAUGGCAAGUCUUGUUGCUACAAACGCAGUACAUCGAAGUUUGUUGAAAUAACACCGAACUCUGGAGGGUUUCACCAUUAUCAUCCUGCCUUUUCACCACAAAAUCACUAUUUGUAUGACACAUUUAUGAAAGACAAAUGUUGCACGAAAUCGGAGUUCUGUGACCUGUAUUAUCAACUGCACCCGGUAGGCACGUGCUAUUCACGAUCGCCAUACAGACAAGGAAAUUUCUGGGGAGAUCCUCACAUCAGCACUCUGGAUAGAUAUAAUUUCACCUUUAAUGGCCUCGGCGAAUAUACCUUGCUUCUGAUUGAAACCGACUACGAAUGGUUUACUCUCCAAGCAAGAACGCAACGAGCAGUGAAAUUUGAUGGAAAUUUGACGGACGCUACAUUUUUCAGUGCAUUUGCCGCAACAGACCGUGUUAAUGCAUCCAUGCACGUUGAACUUAAUUCAGAAAAAAACGGUUUCGUAAUAUUCGGAAAUCAGAUUGAUCUUACGACACAGUACACGGCUGCACAAGACAACUUUGAAUUCGAUUCAUCUUCACUGAGUAUUUCUGAAAACAAUAAUUCUCUAAGAGUAACCUUUAAAGAAAGCGGAAUUUUGAUAGACAUAGGUUUGGGUGUACAAAUGUUAUCGUUGAGUACGAUUGUGCCUUCUAGAUUUGCUAACAAUACACGGGGUCUUUUGGGGAAUUUUGACGGAGACCCUUUCAACGAUUUAAUGUUUACAAACGGGACAAUACUUAACCCGUCUUCGAAUGAACGGGAAAUCUUCCACUAUGGCCAAAAUUGGGCUUUAACUGAAGAUUCAACGGAAUUUUUCUAUGAAGACGGAACAGGCCAUUCUGACUUUACCAAUGCAUCCUAUGUUCCUCGGUUUCUAUUCGAAAUCGACAACAUAACAAUGUCCUUGGCGAUUGAGGCUUGUGGAGAAACAUCCAGUCCAGAGUGCAUUUUCGACUUUGCGGCGACCUUAAAUCCCGAGUUGGCGCUAGACACAGGAAAUAAAAAGAACGUGGUCGACCAAGAUCAAAAGGAAAUAGAGGAAGUCAUGCCUGUUGUUGAAGGAUGUGGAGUUGUCAACACAACCGUAGGGCAAACUGUUUCCUGUGAAUUAACAUUGGAUGAAGACCUUGAUAUUGAGUUCUUAGGGAACGAGACUUUCGAUGCGGCAUUUGACAGAAAUCGGUCCACCAUUACAUACACACAGUCUAGGAAUAUGACAUCUGCUUUAAGAUACCAAGCCGUGAACCAGGGUGGUCGAACAUCAGUAGAGUACGCUAUUUCUGUCCUACUUUGUACAGGUUGCAGCGGACAUGGUUAUUGUACUACGGCCAUUCGAUCUGAAACUCGAAAUAUAUAUUUACGAAACAACGAAUGUACAUGCCAUACUGGAUAUGAUGGACCUAACUGCGAAAACGACUACGAUGGAUGUGCUGGGAAUCCUUGCUCCCUUGGUCGUGAGUGCACAGAUUUGUCUCCACAAGAGCAAGAAACACAAGGGAGAGGUUUCGUGUGUGGUGCAUGCCCUGAAGGAUAUACAACAACGGAAGGCGUGGAUGCUUGCCUUGAUAUUGACGAAUGUUCAACUAAUGAUACGUGUGAGCAGUUUUGCCUGAACACGGAGGGGAGUUUUACGUGUCUUUGUGGGAAUGGUUAUAGGCCAGAUAGUUCAAACGAUAGUAAAUGUCAAGACAUUAAUGAAUGUGAAGAAGAAUUGCACAACUGUACUCAUGUUUGCAACAACACUUACGGCGCUUUCAAGUGUGACUGUAGAGCAGGAUACGAAUUAGAUGUUACUACACAGCUGUGCACAAAAGGACUAUGGGACCCUUGCAGAUCCACAGAUUUAGACUGCAGAAAUACAUCGGGAUGCACAUUAGACGCCAAUGAUAAUCCAACAUGCUUUUGUGGGACAGGUUUUGAAUUAAAUGCCACCGGAAAGGAAUGCAUAGAUAUUAACGAAUGUGAGAGAAAUGUUUGCUCCCAGGAAUGCACCAACUUCAUUGGUGGCUUUCAAUGCAGCUGUAUAGAUGGAUAUAUGCUCGAAGGCGUUUCAACAUGCACAGAAUGUGAAGAUUCCUAUUGGGGCCAUAAGUGCAACAAUACGUGUGACUGCAACGACAGGGGGACAGUUGAAUGCAGCCCUUACAGAGGAUGUGUUUGUGAGCCAGGAUGGAGCGGAAGCGCAUGUGAUGAUGACGUCAAUGAGUGUGUGGUAGAACAAAACAUCUGCGCAGACGUACUUAAACUGUGCACAAAUGCUGUUGGGUCUUACAGUUGUCAUUGUAUAGACGGUUUUCAAAAGGAUCAGACAGGGUCGUGCAUUGAUGCCAAUGAAUGUGAUAACCCGUCGUUGAAUAAUUGCUCACAUGACUGUUCAAAUACCAUAGGAAGCUACAGCUGCAGUUGUCGACCUGGAUAUAAAUUAAUGAAUUCGUUAUGCCAAGAUAUCAAUGAAUGUACACUCGGACUAGCGACUUGUGAACAGAUGUGUGAAAACAAGCCUGGUACCUACAACUGCUACUGCCACUUUGGCUACAAACUUAACGACGAUCGCCGCACUUGUACAAAAGUUUCUGACCCGUGCAAGACUUUGUCCAAUUUGACAUGUUCUGGUUAUUGCGUGGUGAAUAAUAAUAUCACUGAGUGUCGAUGUCAACAUGGGUUUGUGCUUGGGGAGGACGAUCAAAGGUGUUUCGAUGUUGAUGAAUGUCAAGGUAGUACAACCAACAUGUGUGACCCAGUUUCCCGUUGCAUCAAUACCGAAGGAUCGUAUGUCUGUGAAUGUCCCGUAGGAACACGACUGGAAAAUGAUGGUCGAACAUGCUCCGAAUGUGAUGAAUAUCACUUCGGGCGAAACUGUUUGCAGGAAUGUAAUUGCAUUAAAGGAGUGUGUAACAGUACACUUGGCUGCGUUUGUGACGAUGGUUGGACAGGUCCUAACUGUGAUGUGGAUGAAGACGAAUGUGAUUUACAAGCUUUCACUUGCACAAUGCCUAAUAUGCAUUGCGUGAACCUACCUGGAACUGCUUCGUGUCAAUGCUUAGCGGGGUAUCACACGGACCAAACGUCCGGCGGCUGCAUUGAUUUUAAUGAGUGUCUUGACGUUUUAACUCAUGACUGUGCCCAGAUCUGUACAAACACGAACGGAAGUUACGAAUGCUCUUGUCGAGCAGGAUUUAAUCAAAACGGAAAACAAUGCACAGAUAUUGAUGAAUGCCAAGGCUUGCGUGGCUGUGAGCAGAAAUGUGAAAACACAUUGGGUAGCUACAGAUGCUCUUGCAGCGAGGGAUACAAACUUGAUCUUCUUGAUCGGCAUUCGUGCAUGCCGGAAACGGAGUGCAAUACGGACCAAUAUUCUACUUGCCCACAAAAUUCCACGUGUGUCGUUGCAAGUGGAGAUGUGAUGUGUAAAUGUCCAAAAGGAUAUAGUAACACAAGUACACACGUGUGUGCAGACGUCAAUGAGUGCGUUGACAACAAACACAACUGCAUGCAAAUGUGUUCUAAUAUUGAUGGCGGAUAUGAUUGCUUGUGUCGAAGCGGGUUCUACCUAUUAUCCGACGGGGUUUCCUGUGGCGAAUGCCGUCCAUGGAGAUACGGCUCCAACUGUGAUUCGUCAUGCUCUUGCUUAAAAGACAGCUCCAUAUCGUGCAACAAAACGUCCGGAGAAUGUGAGUGCAAACCCGGAUGGACCGGUGAGAAUUGCGCACAAAACAUUGAUGAAUGUUCACUCGGCACCUUCCAGUUGUGUCCUAACAAUUCACAAUGCGUAGAUACCUCAGGAAGUUUUGUUUGCAAAUGUAAUACCGGGUUUUCGAAAAAUGGCUACGGAAAAUGCGAAGAAUGUCAGCAUGGUCGCUUUGGAGCCGGUUGUGGACACACAUGUGGGUGUUACAUGCAUCAUACUGAACGUUGCGAUUACGUAACGGGACAUUGCACGUGUGAUAAAGGUUGGAGAGGCGUCACCUGCGAGGAAGACGACAAUGAAUGUAACGAUACUAAUGCAUGUCCUCGAAAUUCGGAUUGCGUGAACACCAUGGGUAGCUUUGAAUGUAAUUGUCACAUCGGAUUCAAGAAAAGGCGCGCUCUCGGAGAGGAGUGUAUAAAAUGUUACGAUUUCACCUAUGGUGGAAAUUGCAAUGAGGUAUGCACAUGUACAGAGGAACAUUCAACAGGUUGUGACAGCAUAAACGGUAGUUGCUUCUGUAUGCAGGGCUGGCAAGGAGAGACGUGCUCAGAAGAUGUCGAUGAAUGUCGAGAUCCCAGCUUAUGUGACAGUAAAGCUAAUAACCACUGCGUCAACUUGAUUGGGUCAUACGAAUGUUUAUGUAAUGCUGGUUAUAGCGUGCAUAAUGGCGAUUGUAAAGAUGUUAACGAGUGCCUGACAGAGAAUCUUAGCGCAUGCGAUAAACGUGCCAGGUGUAAAAACACGGAUGGAAGUUACACGUGCGAGUGCCCAGCUGGCACGAACCUUCACGACGUUGGACGCAGUUGUAUAGACUGUGAAGAUAAUUACUUCGGAUAUAACUGUUCAAACAUUUGCGACUGCACGCAUGGAUCUUGUAACAAAACAUCAGGGUGCCAUUGUAAUGAUGGCUGGACAGGACCACAGUGCAAUAUUGACGUUAAUGAAUGUGACCUUGGCUUACUGGAAUGUGAAGAACCAAACGCUAUAUGUAACAACACAAAAGGAAGUGCAGACUGUGUGUGUAAAGCAGGGUAUAAACGAAAUCAGACAAGUGGUCAAUGUGAAGAUAUUGAAGAAUGCAAAGACGAUGCAUUUAAUACAUGUGGUCAUAUAUGCUCUAACACUCCCGGGAGAUACGUAUGUAGUUGUUAUGAUGGUUACAGAUAUGUCAGUGCAAACAACACGUGUGCAGAUGUCAACGAAUGCGCCACAAGUAUCUUAAACCAAUGCGACCACAAAUGUGAUAACAACGAAGGAGGGUAUUUAUGUGAAUGCGAUCAAGGCUUUUCACUAGAUGCAGCUGACAACAAAAGAUGCAUUCCCAUUACGGAAUGUUCUGAGGAGGAUGUUACCGCCUGCCCAGCAUUUUCAGUUUGCUACAGAAAUGAAACAGAACUUGACUGCCGAUGUAAUAAUGGUUACGCCAAAAACUCCACUGGAUUUUGCACUGAUAUGGACGAAUGUGAAGAGGAAAGAAAUCCCUGUGACCAGCAGUGUAAUAACACUGAAGGCGGUUUCAUCUGCAGCUGUGAAAGGGGCUUUAAACUUGUCCAUAAUACACAAUGCGACGAAUGUGAUACCUUUACAUUCGGUUCCAAUUGUGCAUCCCCAUGCACUUGUGAACAAAGCAACGCCGAAUCAUGUGACCCCGUCAACGGUACCUGUACUUGCUCAGUGGGUUGGAUGGGUGAAAACUGUACACAGGAUCUAAACGAAUGUGAAAAGGAGAUAUUCGAUUGUCCUGAGCAUUCCCAUUGUGAUAACACUGUUGGAAGCCAUACUUGUCAAUGUAAUAUCGGCUAUAUUAACAUCCAAGGCGGCUCCUGUGAAAUGUGUGGAGCUUUCCGAUAUGGUGACUCCUGUGCAGAGCAGUGUCCCUGCUCUUCUACCACUGCGGAGGCAUGCGACCACGUGUCAGGAAACUGUACAUGCAAAUCGAACUGGCAAGGAACACAUUGCGAUAAAGAUGUGGACGAAUGUAGCUUUUCUGGCAAUGUAUGCUCAGAGAAGAUUCACUCUUCAUGCAGCAACACCGCCGGCUCUUUUAUCUGUACAUGUGACUCUGGUUUUUCGGAUCUAAAUGGUAUAUGUGAAGAUAUUGACGAGUGUCAAAAUAGUCCCUGUGACGAGGGUGUUACCUGUGAAAAUACAGAAGGUUCUUUCCGGUGUCUUUGUCCACAAGGAAAAAAGCUGCUCAACGAAACAUCUUGUCAAGAUUGCAACAACAACACGUUCGGUAAUGGCUGUAAUGGCCAGUGCAACUGCACACAAGAAAAUAGUGAGACUGCAGAUCAGUCAUGUGACACGGUGACUGGAUCUUGUUUGUGUAACCCGCACUGGACUGGGCGAUUUUGCGAAAUGGAUGUUAAUGAAUGUGUUACUUCCGGUAUAUGCACAGAAGCUAACACGGGUUGCCGAAAUAUUCAUGGAGGGUUUCUUUGUGACUGCCUUCGUGGGUUCACUAUUAAUAGUGAAACUGGGCAUUGCGAAUAUGUUUUACCAAGUACAUCAGAAUUGCCUGAAGAUGAGAUUAGUGUAAAUCUUACUCUGAGUUUGGGGGUUGAAUUGGCACCAGGGACUGACCUGGCCGUUCAGACUGUUUUUGACAAGAUUGCUGAGAAAGUGGAAAAAUCGAUCAGAAAACACUUCUCGAAAUACAUAUCAGUACAGUUUACAAUCCUCAUAAAUGAUCUCAGCGUUGGAAGCGUCAACGUCAAGUACACAAUAAUUUUCAAGAAGAACUCCGACGCCGCUAUAGACAUUUUUAAAGCCGUGAUGGACAUUGGAUCUGUUACAGAGAUAGAGUAUGAAGGCAGAAAUGUUACAGCACUAUCAACAGAAUCCUACUCCAGUGACAAGACAUGUGAGUUUUAUGAAACAAAACUCGGUGGUUGCGGUUCAGGAUUUGAGUGCAUAAGUAAUGCUGGUGAACCUACUUGUAGAGAAAUGUCUGACACAGACAACUAUACGCUUGUCGUUGGUGUGGCAGUUGGCCUGAGCGUCUUUCUUGUGACUGUUUUCGUAACGUUGACGGCCAUUGUUGUUUACAACAGGAAUCGCAAGGAACAUUUGAAAAAUCUUCGAGGAGGCGAAUCAAUAUCAUCAUUUGAUAAACAGAAGUCGCAAUACUGGCCACCUUGGAGAAAGGGCAAUGACAAGGAAUCAAGGUACAGUAACUGGAUGUCUCUAGCGCUCAGAUUCGGAAAAGAAAAUCAGUUUGACACACCGUAUCAUCUGCCCCGUGCUCACACCGACCAUGGCUCCAACGAAGGGGGCGCCCAGUAUUAAGCGCGAGGGAAUAUAUUGGGACGAAUAUUAUUGUGUGACAUGAUAUGAAAGCAUGAGAGACAUAGAGUUUUAAAUUCAGUAUACAUAAUUUUUGUUGCAUGCUUGGUUUCUUUGUGUGUGUGAUAUAAUUUCACCAUGCAACCUUAAAAUGCUGACACAGAACUCUUAUGUUGAAAAUAUGUUUAAAAUGCGCUUAUUUUGCCUUCUUUAGAUGUGUUUUUUCAGGUAUCGUUAUUUUCAUGGAUUAUGUUUUAUGAUGUAAUUAAAUUCAAUCUGGAUCUACUAAUUGGUAGAAUAACCUUUCAUAUUUUGGAUACACAUUUUUUAUGUUGUUUUAGAAGAAGCCUUACUUUAUAUGAAUAUAUUUAACGGUAAAUACAUUCUGCACAAUAAUUAAUAACAUUUCAUACCUUUGAAUAUGUAAAUUUAUCACAUGUCAUAUUUAAUUUCCGGUUAAACAUCACAUUUACAUAUUUUUCUGUAUUGCACAAGUGUAAUAUAACGUUGUUCAAUUUCUAUUGGUCAGAAAAUGCACCACUCUGCAUGCUUGUUGCAACUUAAUUGCAAAACCUUAUUAUAUGCGGGAGAUUUAUUUGAAUAAAGUAGAAGCUUAAA